CUCCUCGGUUCAGCCUAUAUAAGGCUCCCAGUCGGCGCUCUCGGUACACGCGCUUCAACUUCGGUUGGUGUGUGUCGAAGAAACCUGACUACGGCCCGAGGAGACCAGCGAAGAGAGACCACCGAGCCUCGCGAAAGGUCCGCUGAGCGGGCUCGCGUCCGGAGCCACUCCGGGCUGCCGAGCACCCAGCGGAGCCCACGCCUGGCACAGGUGUGGGACCCCGUCCUUAGUGUCUUCGCAGAGGAGUCCUCGCGUGAAACAGAAAGCUUCUGAAAACCAAAAGGCGAAAGGGUGGAAGAGGAGGCCAGGAUCCAGGCCUCCAUCCCCACCGGAGUGAAGCUACACCUGGGAGGUCUCCUCCCACCCCACCUCUCACCCUGGGGCCCGACUGCCCACCUCCUCCUCCUCCACCUCCCCCCAACGAUCCUGCCUCCCCCUCCAACUCCCCCUGCAGCGGCCAAAGAGGCCAGUACAACCCCAACCUGGCCGAACGAAGGAGGGAGGAUCUCUCUGAAGAGAUCAACAACCUCAGAGAGAAGGUCAUGAAGCAGUCUGAGGAGAACAACAACCUGCAGAACCAGGUACAGAAACUCACAGAGGAGAACACCUCCCUCCGCGAGCAGGUGGAGCCCGCCCCUGAGGAGGAGGAAGAUGACAUUGAGCUUUGCGGAGCUGCAGCCGCUGCUGCCCCAGCCACUCCGAUCGAGGAAGAGAGCCCAGAAGACCUUCCCGAGAAGUUUGACGGCAACCCAGACAUGCUGGUGCCUUUCAUGGCCCAGUGCCAACUCUUCAUGGAAAAGAGCACCAGAGAUUUCUCCGUUGAUCGCGUGCGCGUCUGCUUCGUGACAAGCAUGAUGACCGGCCGUGCUGCCCGCUGGGCCUCCGCCAAGCUCGAGCGAUCCCACUACCUGAUGCACAACUACCCAGCCUUCAUGACCGAAAUGAAGCAUGUCUUUGAAGACCCUCAGCGGCGCGAGGCUGCCAAACGCAAGAUCAGACGCCUGCGCCAAGGCAUGGGGUCAGUCAUCGACUAUUCCAACGCUUUCCAGAUGAUCGCACAGGACCUGGAUUGGAACGAGCCUGCCCUGAUUGACCAGUACCACGAGGGCCUCAGCGACCACAUUCAGGCGGAGCUGUCGCGCCUCGAAGUCGCCAAGUCGCUGUCCGCACUGAUCGGCCAGUGCAUCCACAUCGAGAGAAGGCUGGCCCGGGCAGCUGCCGCCCGCAAGCCGCGCUCCCCGCCACGUGCGCUGGUGAUGCCUCAUGUCAACAGCCACCACCAGGUAGAUCCGACCGAGCCCGUGGGAGGUGCCCGCAUGCGCCUGACCCAGGAAGAAAAAGAAAGACGCCGAAAGCUGAACCUGUGCCUCUACUGUGGGAAUGGAGGUCACUAUGCCGACAACUGUCCUGCCAAGGCCUCGAAGGCUUCACCGGCGGGAAACUCCCCGGCCCCGCUGUAGAGGGACCUUCAGCGACCGGGCCGGAAUUAAUAAGGUCCCCACAAGAUGAUGCUGCUUCAUCGCCACACUUGCAAGUGAUGCUCCAGAUUCAUCUUCCAGGCAGACACACUCUGUUUGUCCGAGCCAUGAUCGAUUCUGGUGCUUCCGGCAACUUCAUCGAUCAUGAAUACGUUGCCCAGAAUGGCAUUCCUCUGAGAGUCAAGGACUGGCCAAUACUUGUAGAAGCGAUUGAUGGACGUCCCAUAGCAUCGGGCCCAGUUGUCCACGAAACGCACGACCUGAUCGUCGACUUGGGAGAUCACCGUGAGGUGCUGUCAUUCGAUGUGACUCAGUCUCCGUUCUUCCCCAUUGUCCUAGGAGUGCGCUGGCUGAGCACACACGAUCCCAACAUCACGUGGAGCACCCGAUCGAUCAUCUUCGAUUCCGAAUAUUGCCGAUACCAUUGCCGGAUGUACUCUCCGAUACCACCCACGCUCCCACCACCAGCACAACCGUCAUUCUAUUACCCAGUGGAAGGAUACAGAGUUUACCAACCCGUGAGGUAUUACUACGUCCAGAAUGUGUACACUCCAGUAGAUGAAAACGUCUACCCAGACCACCGUCUGGUUGACCCUAACAUAGAAAUGAUCCCUGGAGCACACAGUAUUCCCAGCGGACACGUGUACUCACUGUCGGAACCCGAAAUGGCAGCUCUGCGAGAUUUUGUGGCCCGAAACGUGAAAGAUGGGCUCAUUACUCCCACCGUGGCACCCAACGGAGCCCAAGUUCUCCAAGUGAAAAGGGGGUGGAAACUGCAAGUUUCUUACGACUGCCGAGCUCCCAACAAUUUCACCAUCCAGAAUCAGUAUCCUCGACUCUCUAUUCCAAAUUUAGAAGACCAAGCUCACCUGGCGACGUACACUGAAUAUGUACCUCAAAUACCAGGAUAUCCGACUUACCCUGCAUAUGCCACGUACCCGACCUACCCGGUAGGAUUCGCCUGGUACCCCGUGGGGCGAGAUGGACAGGGGCGAUCGCUCUAUGUCCCCGUGAUGAUCACCUGGAAUCCGCAUUGGUACCGCCAGCCACCGGUGCCUCAGUACCCACCGCCGCAGCCGCCGCCGCCGCCCCCGCCGCCGCCGCCGCCACCGUCUUACAGCACCAUGUAAAUACGCAUCAUAUCCUUCAGGAUCUCUGCCCUCGAAAUGAACUCCUGUUCAGCUUCUCAAUCAGUGACUGCAUGCUAAAUUGGGCUAUUGCACCUUCAGACCAACCUGAGGCACAGGUUUUCUCUGAAACGGCUACAGAAGGUCAGGGCCACCCUGGACUGGGGCACAUCCUAAAGCACCAAUAGACCUCCACUGUUUGGUGGGAGUGACAAAAUAUUUACCAACAAAUUAUCUCUGUUUUCCACCUUAACUGCCAGUCUAAUGAAAAUUCGUAAUAAGUUUACUUCCCAGCAAACCCUGGAAGCCUGGGUUUUACCUGCUGAAACCUCUGUCACCAUAUGAAUUUUUGGCUGCCAGGUUCCUCAUUUAAUAGUUACUGAGAAGCUGAUGCAAACACAGGAAAUGCUGUUUUCUUUAUGGAGGGGGAGACAAGGAGGAGGAGGACAUGACUUUUCUUGCAGUUUCGGUACUCUCUUUACAUCUUUGGAGGACCGAGGCCUUAUUAAGGAAGCCACAAUUAUUGGUGCAGUGUGAAACGGCUUCCAUGAUCUUUUUGCUGCACCCUUUGAAACUUCACCAUCUUCAAACUCCACUUUCAUGACGCAAGGAGCAGCAACUCGACCGGUAUCCCCCAGGAGCAGGCAAAACGCCUGCAACAGAAACACCUCAGGCCUCGGAAGGAAGUACGCUUAGAUGGACGUUGGCAUGUCUGAGUGUGCCUUCACAUCCUGGUGCAAAUCACAUGUACCCAAUAACUCUGGCUUUGUCACAACACCUUACCAUCACCAUGCCAGCAAUGGCUUCCACAAAACCUUAAACCUGGUAACCAGAGACUAUUGGUGGCUCCAGGUGUGUUAGAUGUUUGUGAAAUGUGCUCACCUCUCAGUCAUGUAUGAGGGCUAAUGAGUAGCAAAUCAAAAGGACUCCUAAAUCCCUGUACCCAACUCUUAAAGGGGAGAAUCAGAGUUAAUGUUACCACCUUGACCUGGAACUUCAGAAAGAAUUUUCAAGAGCGUUGUUAAUUGGCUGGAAGAGCAUCACCUGAAGUCUUGGGAGCAUCUAUCCAUGUCUCUGCCUCCAUAUGCAUCUGGGCAUUUCAUCAUCAGUCCCCUCACUAGACUGUAGCACUAGGAUGCUUAGGGAGGGGGAAUGAUUUUAGCACCCUCUAGGGGAUGGAGCUGAUAAGCUGCCAAGGAAUGAAAGGCCUCCGAAAGCAACUCAAAGCAACAGACAACACAAGAGUUGUCUUCAAUCCAGUGACAUCAGCUGGUGUCUCCUGGACGCUUUGUGCUAACCUGGGACUGCCUGACUUCCUUUAGCCUGGUCCCUUGCUACUACCUUGAACUGUUUGUCUAACCUCUCUCUUUCUGUUUACUACUGCCACUGACCCUGCUGCAGGAUUUGUGUCAUCCUUCCUGCCUGGCUGCUGAGACUCUAUUUUGCUGCCAUGCAUGGAGAAGAAAGAGGCAGGCUUCUCGGAGCAUGUGUUUCAACACACAGUCUCCAACAGUUUGAGCAGUAGAAAAACAACAUGGUGUAUAUUUCAAAUUGCCUGUCAUGAAGAGGAGUCUAAUGGUGAAGUUUCACUUUUCAUCAACAUCAUCUUUCACAUAUUCAUUAUCACCCACCCUUAUCCUUGCAUGUUUAAAUACUUAAAAGUUUUAGCUGUAGGUUGAUAGUAUACUUUUAACAGUGUUUUAAAGUGGUGACUCUGCUUUCAAAAGUUAUUUCCAUUGAAUUACAAAGUACUAUCCAAGUCUUAUUGUUAAAUUAAUUAAAAUUGAUAAGUAAGGUAGUGUAAAAUAUUUCUUUACUGUGAACUCUUACAACACUGUGAAUGAGAGGCUCCUCAGAACUGGAGUACCUGUAUAAUAGUUCAUCCUGUUCAUCUUCAAACUUCUGUUUUAACAUCAUCCAUAAUUUCAAUUUUUUUUUGAUUGGGCCUUUAAAAACUCACACAAAAUGAUAUACAAAUUCAAGGAAGAUACCUAAUUGGCUAUUUAAUUCAAAACAACUUUUCCUUUUUUUUUUUUUUUUUUCCAAUGAAAGCAGAAAGCUUGUCAGUCACUCGUGUUUUAGAAUAAUUACUUUUUAAAUGGUGCGUUUGUGCUUCUGGACUUUUUGAAGCGUCACUUCAGUUUACCUCAGAUACCAAUCCAUCCUCCAUACAUUUGAAUUUAAGUUGUUCUGUGUCAGAUUUACAGUUGUCAAUUGAUCUUCAAGCUGCAGAGGGCCUAGAAAUGGGCUGUUGUCUGCAGCCCCGGCAUGUGCACUUGGACAUUUGCCAUCACUACAAGCAGAAGUCUGGAAAUGUGGCAACAACAACUGUCAGGGAGAGCAUGGUGGUGUGGGUAAACAACUCACGGAUGAAGUCCCUGACACGCUUUUGGCUGUUUCGUAAAGCUUGUGAAAACCUGUUUGGCAGUGUGUACUAUGCUCUAUAACUAUAUAUGCUAUCUAGAAGUGUAGGUGUUAAGGAUAAGUAAUCUCAAAUUUAUCCUGUAGAAUCAGAAUUUUAUUAAGUUUCCUUUCGCUCAUGUGAUUUAUUUCAUUGCUGUUGAUCAACUUUAUUUUAAUUGAAUACUUUACAAUUUUUUUGGCAUUUCCCAACAAAAUGCCUUAUUCAUCAGAAAGGGGAAAGCAAAGAAUUAAAUCUCUAAAGAAGGUGGAAAGGGAGCAAAAUAGAAACAAAGGAGAUAAAUAAAUUAAAACAUCAAAAUUAUGAAGCAAAGCCAACAGUCUACCUUUUGAAACAAAUUGGCAAAAUUGAUUUGACUUUUGGCCCAAAUUUUCAGUGUUAAUUUAAAAAAUCAAGGAAGAAGGUAUAAGCUCCCAUUGUUAGGCGGACGUGGAGAGAACUAGCUAAGGUCACCAUGUUAGGUUGUUGAAACGGAGGAAGUUUACAUAAAUUUCUGAAGGGUCAAUUUAGUUUGAGCAAUGAGGUAUUUGUAUUACAUACUGGAAAAUGGAGAAUUAGUUGGAAUAAAUCAUGUGAGCUAGCACAGUGAACUUGCAGGUGCACAAAAUAAGAGGGGCACAUCUACAUAGUGCAGUCUGGAUUUCUGUUUAAGUUUGCAGGUACCUCUUGGACUCCUGAAUUGAUCCAGUCAUCAUCCACCACAGAGGUCUAACAUCAGAUAGAAUUCCAAGAUUGGCAACAGAGAACACUCUGCUAGAAAGACCUGGGCAGAGAUAAAGGACCACCUGCAGAGAUGAAGAGCCUGAUGGGAACCAUGCUGCGUUUUCAUCUUAAAGAAAGACUGCACAUCUGUUGGGACUGAAAGUUCUUUGUUGUUUCAGAUUGUAGAAUGCUAUCAAAUUGGUCUGUGGAAAAUUGCAUUGUUUUUAUUUCUUCGUGUAAUCAGUAUAAGUAAUUGGGGAUAUAUAUAAUCAUAAGUAUUUUAGAGUGGGAGGGACUAUUAAGUAAUCUUAAGUGGGUGGGAUUAGUUAAAAAGCAUGAUAUAAUGUAUUAGAUAUCUCUGUAAGUGGACAUGUGUACUUACUUGUGAUCCCUUACCCUAUGAUUGCUACCCCUAAAGAUUUCAAAUAAAUUCGGAGGGAACUGCAGGGAGAUCAAUCUUUUUAGGGCUGUUGAACAUGGAUUAAAACCUAGUGGGAGAAAGUUCAAAGAUGAUUGGAUAAAUAAUUUAAUAGAGCCUCUCUGCCCUGGGUAUUCACUCCAGGGAUUGAGAUUGUAAACAAAGCCUUUAGAGAGUUAGGAUAGAUAGAUGCCCUUUGAGAAGCUGUUGCUGGAGUGAAAUUGAUAAUGAUGGAUGGUAAAGAUUCAUGGAAGUUACAGGAAAGUGAUGAAUAAGAACCAUUGCUUAUACCCCUGUCAGUAGCCCUCCUCCUUACCCCUGCCCCUUUUCCCUAACUCUACACCUCCUACCUGUCCCUGCCCUUCCCCAUUUUAUUGAUGUUUUCUCUUUACUCUGUAUUUCUAUUUACUAAUAUUGUAUUGAUGUUAGAGUAAAAAUUCAAUAAAGAUUUAGUGGUUAAGUGCAAA